AUGGCAAUCGAAAAACUCUACUAUGCUGCUGAUCCAGGUAGCCUGCAAGAAUUGACCCGUGCAGAUGUGGUUAAACAGCUCCAGAUUCGCGUAAAAGCAACUCAAGAAAGGCUGGAAGAGGUUGAAGCGGCCCUCAACCGCUGCCGUGAAUACAGUGCACAGGAUAUCGAGACUAUCAGCAGGCAGCGUGUCAGAAUUCUUGAUCUAGAAGACUUGGUCCGGAAACAGAAGACCACAAUCAGCAACCAGAGCAAAGCCAUUGCAGACCCCAAGAGGGUUCGCAUGUUGCAGUCAACUAUUCCUAUGCCAAUAUUUCCUCUCACUCCCACUCAACAGCGCCCUAUCAGGCCUGAAUUUCACGACUACUUUGUUACACAUUUACCAUCUUCCUCUCUUCAUCCAGAUCCCCGAGCGCCAGUAAACUCCUUCUACAAACUUCCUCGCUCCGCCUCCGUUCCUCAUACCGGAGAGUCAUCUCACCCCCCAGCCUCCUUCCAGCCGCUGGUCGACCGGGAGACGACUGUCGUCCGCAUCCCUCUUCGCAGCGCGAAACACCACUUCGGCGCAUCUACUUCCCGUGGGACUCGUCCGGAGAAUGAAGAUACAUAUCAAGCUGGUGUGAUCGACAUUCCUGCAUUUGCGAAGCGCCCCCCUGCGUCCCUAACGAUCAAACGAUCGGGUGCCAAUGGAAUCCCUGCAACUCGGGAGAGUCAAGGGGCGGAGACUGCUAGUGGCGAUCCACAGGUAUUCUAUUUCGCAGUAUUCGACGGCCACGGGGGAAACGAAUGUAGCACGUUUCUACAGCACACGCUUCAUGAGUACAUACAGGAUUCAGCAGCGACAUUCGAGCUCCAGUCCAGUCUGAAGAAAAACCGGGAUGGCCAUUAUUCUAAGGACACAGAGCCGUCCACUGGAGAUUUGCCUAUUCUGCAGGACGCCAACUCGCAACGAAUCGGGGAACUAGAAAAACACCUCGUCCGAGAUUGGCGAACCCUAGUCGGAGGGUACUUCAAGAGAUUUGUACCUCCUCACUUCUCACAUAUUGGGAAAGGUGCCCGUGGUGAGCCAAAGGCACUGUCCGACCUACCCGAAGGUGUUACCAUUGAAGAGGUCCUCGAAUACGCCUUUCUCCGUACCGAUCUGGAGUUUGUGUCGGCACAAGCGGCGAAACAAGGCGAUGAAUUGGAGAAUGUGGGUCACCCUUUAUACCAGGACAAUAUCCUCUACGGCCGUGAUCGUACGCCAUCUCUACAUAUCGGGGGAGCGAAACGGUUCAAGGGAGGUAGCACCGCUAGCGUCGCGCUCAUAUCUACCCCAACGCCUACCCCUUUCUGGCAUCCGUCUAGCCCGUCUAGUCUGUUGGUAUCCCAUGUCGGCGACACCCGGAUACUGUUGUGCUCUACAGAGACAGGCGAUGCCAUUCCACUGACUUCCAACCACCAUCCGUCGUCACCGAUUGAGGCGAGUCGCUUACGACGAUAUGCCACUACAUUUGUGACUGACUCGUUUGGAGAAGAGCGCAUGAGCGGAUUGGCCAACACGCGAGCCUUUGGUGAUGUUCAAUCGAAACGGAUUGGCGUAUCAGCCGAGCCAGAGCUCCGAAGAAUUGAGAUGGCACCUGCGGAGUACUCAUUCUUGGUCCUCAUGUCUGAUGGCAUCAGUGGAACGCUCAGUGACCAAGAAGUCGUUGACAUCGUCAAGGAGGCUAGGACUCCCGAGCAGGGGUCUCGGGAUGUGGUCAACUUUGCGAAUGAAGUGACUAAGGAGGGAGACAACGCUACCUGCCUCGUCGUCCGACUAGGUGGUUGGGAACGACGACUUGAAGGCGGUUUGGGAAGCCUGGGAACGAAGGAAUCUCGAGAAUGGCGCCGACAAGAAGCGACUGAUCCGCGUCGGUCGCGGCGAUGA